AUGGCAGAAGGUAACCUCCCAACAACUGAAGGAGAACUGGAGGAGAAAAAUGAGUUUCCAGCCACAGGUGGGAAAAAGCGACAGGAAAGACUUAUUUAUGGUGAUUUGUACUGUUUAUUAAUUAAGUAUAUCUUAAUUCUGGUGCACAAUUUUUUGGAUCAUUUCGACUUGAAGGUUUUUAGAAUUCACCAAACGCGAACACUAACUGUAGGUGAACAUAGUUGUGAUCACUCAGGCUAACAAAGUUGAAAUAUCUUCUCGGUAAUUUCAGCAACAGAGGAAAGUCAAGUUACGUCAAGUGACGCUGAACUGGAUGUAUACAAUGACCCUUUAAGAGGUAAGAACACCGGGUGAAACAAGAUUUUUUGAAAGACGCCCCAGUGAAGUUUUUGUCACAUUUACAUCAAAAUUUGCGUAUGUUCUGUAAAAAAGUUUUUGAAACAGCAAAAAGAUUGUUUCUUCAAAUCCAAACUCUGUUACCAGUAAAAUGAAAAACCAAAGGAAAAAACAAUUUAUUGCUGGAUCCGAUCAGGUAAAAUGCAUAGACAUUAUUAAUUAUUCAUAAGCAAUAAAGCGACAGAUUUUAAGGCGACUUCGCUUUGAAGAGCCCUAAGUUAAAGAAGAAUCGGCCAAAAUUUGCCCAUUAGGCUAUGUAAAAAUCAGUAUUCUGAGUUUUAGAAGUGCUAACUUGUAAAUCAACUCAUAUUGUUUUGGAGAUUAACGAUGUAUCUAAAAUUUACACCUAAAAUGAACGAUAUUUGCGCUGAAAAGGUAUUAUCCUUUUUGCACUUGAAAGUGUUCUAAAUUUGGUCACUUUUAGCAUGAAAGUCAUUUUCGGCGAGAGAGAGCUGUUAGUACCCGUAGACCCGUCAAAGUCGAGUUUUGAAAAAUUUGUAAACGGGUAACUUUUCGAGGCCGCCAAAAGGAAAGUAUUUACGCUAACACUUUCUUGUCCUUUACUGUUCAAUACAUGUUUGGCAGAAAUUUUUACGCAAUUUGAGAAUUGUAUAGAGAAGAGGAGACGUUUUGUCCCGGCCGUAUCGCCUGUUUUGGUCCUCUAAAUGUUUCACGCCUCUUAAGGCAGUUAUGUCAACACCAGGCCCACGCUGUAAACCACUAGUCAACAAAAUUUAGAACCCCUGACUUUUAUAACAGGCAAAAUGGCACUUCGUGGGAAAGUGGUACUUUCCCAAUCAAAUUUUUUCCAAUUAGCCUAUACGAGUAUGUUCUCAAUAGACAAUAAAUGUAUGGGAAAAACCAAUUACUAAUAAAGAAAAAAAAACAGAAAACAUGUUUUCCGGCGCUCUUUUCUGAAGGAUGGGCAAACCAUGAACUCUUGUCACUCUCAGCACGAUGUUUUUUUUGUUAUCAGAACAUUAAAAAGUUUUAACCUUUUCGGUCCUGGCUUUGCUCUGCUUUAUGCAUUUUUUUCUCAGUAACUCAUGGGAUUUUAUAUUCUAACUUGAUAUUUUGGAAAGCGUAACGCAGGUGUAAAAGGGUUUUUGGAAAGUCUCUCGACGUAAAUGUAAACCGAACAGACUUGAUCUGGUUAUAACCAAGCUACAGCUAAAACUCCAAAUAGCUUACAUAUUUUAAAGCGAACAAAAUGCACAGAUAAACUCUCCUGAAGGGCGAUUGUAAAGGAAAUUGAGUUGAAAUAGGAUCUCCUGGUAAAACUUGUGAUAUUUUGGAAAACGUAAGCCAGGUGUAAAAGGGGUUUGUGAAAGCCUCUCGACCUAAAUCUAAACCGAACAGACUUGAUCUAGUAAUAGCCAAGCUACAGCCCAGACUCCCAACAGCUUAUACAUUUUACUUAAACAAACUGUACAGGUAUUAAACUUUUCUGACUUUUUUUUCAUUGCUUUAAGCUCCUUUAACCUAAAAGUUCGUUUGGAUAUAUCAUCAUCCGUCAAGGGUCGUUUCACUCAUUACUAAAUCAUUAACACUAAAACGUUGUGUUUUCAGAAAUAGCGAAGGUAUGUCUGGAGAAAGGUAACAAAGAAUACAGACAAGGAGAAGCUAAUAAGGCGAUAAACUCUUACACAGAAGGACUUAAAGUGAACUGCAAGGAUGAACGACUCAACGCCAAGCUUUACAGCAACAGGGCAACAGCUCAUUUCCGUUUGGGUAACAAUUUCAUAUCUAAAUAUAUAAAUCUCUCAUGCAGCGUUACAAGAUAACGGAAUACACAAUCUGCAUCAAGAGAAGAAAAGAAUUGAGCAACUGCAGAAAAGUAGCAUAAAAACAUAAAUCGCCCUGUAGCGGAUGAAAAUGAAGCAAAGAAAUGAUCCUCAUUACAUUUUAAGCAAUUGUAAUUUUUAAGGCUUCUUUGUUGCAAUUCCAUAUGAUUACCACUUUUUUAAAUCUUAUUUCCUGAAUCUCAUAGAAAACUACGUGGAAUGUCUCGAUGAUGCAACAGUUGCUGUUCAAUUGGAACCCACUUUAAUCAAAGCUAUUAAGAAAGGUGGGUGUUUCAGACAUAAGCUUUCAACAUUCUAUUCUCUGAUUUUGUCAAAAGAGGAUUUUGUGGUCUGUGGCAGGUGACUGCACCCCAAGUGUCAAUUGUAUCUGGUGUGUCAAUGUCUGUUAUGUGGGUAAAAAGCAGAAGAAAAUGUCAGUAAGUUCUCAAAUACCGCUGCCUGGUUAGUUCACGUUGUAGAGCGCCGGAGGUCGAGGGUUCAAGCCCUAGACCAGACCAACACUCAGAGUCGUAAAAUAUCUGAGGAGAAUGUGCUGUCACCCAAGCUAUGACAUCUGCAAAUGGUCUGAUAUUAUUGUCCCGGAUAUGAAAGGAAGACCGAAAGCCCCGUUUCUUGCAUCUUCUCUGUGACCCUUAGCAGGGGACGUUUAAAAACCCGGCAUGCAGUCUGCCCGAAAACUUCCCCGAAAAGUGCUAAAGAGCGCAUAAGAGCACAUUAAAAUAAAGAAUGCGCGAGAUAAAUUCGUCAUUAUCAUCAUCGGUUGAACCUUAAUUGGUAGCCGCUUUGCAUUAGCUCCUUAUUGUUCAUUUUCAAUCCUUCUACAAGUUCAGAUUUCCUUUAUUAUCGCAGUUUUUGUUCCCAGUCAAAUGACAAAUUAAGUCCAUUUUAUCAAUGCUUUUAUACCUUAACAGUGAUAAAUUACCUCGCCUCACCAAUCAUUCUCUCCUUUUUAGGAGCAAGAGCUUGUGUCGAACUUUGCUGGUAUAAAGAAGCAAGGAGCUGGUUGCAUAUGGGAUUGACCGUAUCCUUUGACGAAUGUUUCAAACGUGAUACGAGAUGCAAUGCGACUAAUGUUUCAAGAAUAAUCAAUACGUUCCAGGCAGAUUCUUCUACACAUAGUGCAAGCGAUGUUCUCUUAUACUGCACUUAGCAGUUUAAAGAAGCUAAAAUAUUAUUAAGGAGUUCUCUCGAUUAUUCCAUGAAACUUCACUUAAAAGAAGAGACCAUAUUAACUAAUUCCCAGAGUUUCUGCCGAAUGCCCCUCAUAUUUCUCUUGAGACGAAUCACCAUGACGACCGAACCUAAACUAAUAAAUGCACUUCAGAGCUAGUCAACACUCUCGAGUAACUUGAAAUCAAAUCUCUUCAAGAAACCCAGGCUCGAAUUAUCAUUCCAAUUUGAAGGUUUUAUCCAAUAAUCUCAUUAUUUUUAAAACAUACAUUUCCAUUGCAUUUUCGCAAAUCCGCUCAUGAUUUAGCAACCCUUGACACGUUUUAAGAUUGAAAACAAUAACGAACGUCUUCUUCAAUUAAUAAGGAAAUCGAAUGCUGAACUAAAAGUCAAAGCAAACACUUAUGCCAGUCUCGCAUGUACUUACUAUAAAGUUGGGCAGUUCAACACAGCAAUCGUGUACCUUCAACAAUGUCUAGAAAUUGCCAAAGAACUGGGAGACAAGGCCGGAGAGGGAAGAGGUUAUUGCAAUCUCGGCAACGCUUAUCAAGGUCUAGGAGAGUUCAAAACAGCCAUCAAGUACCAUCAACGUGGUCUAGAAAUUGCUAAAGAAGUGGGAGACAAGGCAAGAGAGGGAGCAAGUUAUGGCAAUCUCGGCAACGCUUAUCGAGGUCUAGGAGAGUUCAAAACAGCCAUCAAGUACCAUCAACGUGGUCUAGAAAUUGCUAAAGAAGUGGGAGACAAGGCCGGAGAGGGAGCAAGUUAUGGCAAUCUCGGCAACGCUUAUCGAGGUCUAGGAGAGUUCAAAACAGCCAUCAAGUACCAUCAACGUCGUCUAGAAAUUGCUAAAGAAGUGGGAGACAAGGCCGGAGAGGGAAGAGGUUAUUGCAAUCUCGGCAACGCUUAUCAAGGUCUAGGAGAGUUCAAAACAGCCAUCAAGUACCAUCAACGUGGUCUAGAAAUUGUUAAAGAAGUGGGAGACAAGGCCGGAGAGGGAGCAAGUUAUGGCAAUCUCGGCAUCACUUAUGACAGUCUAGGAGAGUUCAAAACAGCCAUCAAGUACCAUCAACGUGGUCUAGAAAUUGCUAAAGAAGUGGGAGACAAGGCCGGAGAGGGAAGAGGUUAUUGCAAUCUCGGCAACGCUUAUCAAGGUCUAGGAGAGUUCAAAACAGCCAUCAAGUACCAUGAACGUGGUCUAGAAAUUUUUAAAGAAGUGGGAAACAAGGCCGGAGAGGGAGCAAGUUAUGGCAAUCUCGGCAACGCUUAUCAAGGUCUAGGAGAGUUCAAAACAGCCAUCAAGUACCAUCAACGUGGUCUAGAAAUUGCUAAAGAAGUGGGAGACAAGGCCGGAGAGGGAGCAAGUUAUGGCAAUCUCGGCAACGCUUAUGACAGUCUAGGAGAGUUCAAAACAGCCAUCAAGUACCAUCAACGUGGUCUAGAAAUUGCUAAAGAAGUGGGAGACAAGGCCGGAGAGGGAAAAAGUUAUGGCAAUCUCGGCAACGCUUAUCAAGGUCUAGGAGAGUUCAAAACAGCCAUCAAGUACCAUCAACGUCAUCUAGAAAUUGCUAAAGAAGUGGGAGACAAGGCCGGAGAGGGAGCAAGUUAUGGCAAUCUCGGCAACGCUUAUCGAGGUCUAGGAGAGUUCAAAACAGCCAUCAAGUACCAUCAACGUCAUCUAGAAAUUGCUAAAGAAGUGGGAGACAAGGCCGGAGAGGGAGCAAGUUAUGGCAAUCUCGGCAACGCUUAUCAAGGUCUAGGAGAGUUCAAAACAGCCAUCAAGUACCAUCAAAGUCAUUUAGAAAUUGCUAAAGAAGUGGGAGACAAGGCCAGAGAGGGAGGAAGUUAUGGCAGUCUCGGCAACGCUUAUCGAGGUCUAGGAGAGUUCAAAACAGCCAUCAAGUACCAUCAACGUCAUCUAGAAAUUGCUAAAGAAGUGGGAGACAAGGCCGGAGAGGGAGCAAGUUAUGGCAAUCUCGGCAACGCUUAUCGAGGUCUAGGAGAGUUCAAAACAGCCAUCAAGUACCAUCAACGUCAUCUAGAAAUUGCUAAAGAGGUGGGAGACAAGGCCGGAGAGGGAGCAAGUUAUGGCAAUCUCGGCAACGCUUAUCAAGGUCUAGGAGAGUUCAAAACAGCCAUCAAGUACCAUCAACGUCAUCUAGAAAUUGCCAAAGAAGUGGGAGACAAGGCCGGAGAGGGAGCAAGUUAUGGCAAUCUCGGCAACGCUUAUCAAGGUCUAGGAGAGUUCAAAACAGCCAUCAAGUACCAUCAACGUCAUCUAGAAAUUGCCAAAGAAGUGGGAGACAAGGCCGGAGAGGGAGCAAGUUAUGGCAAUCUCGGCAACGCUUAUCGAGGUCUAGGAGAGUUCAAAACAGCUAUCGAGUGCCAUCAACGUCAUCUAGAAAUUGCUAAAGAAGUGGGAGACAAGGCCGGAGAGGGAGCAAGUUAUGGCCAUCUCGGCAUUGCUUAUUGCAUUCUAAGACAAUUCAAAACAGCAAUCGAGUACCAUCAACGUAGUCUAGAAAUUGCUAAAGAAGUGGGAGACAAGGCUGGAGAGGGACGAAGUUAUUGCCUUCUUGGCGGGAUUCAUUUCAGACAAGGAGAGUCGAAAAUGGCUAUUGAGUGUUAUCAACGUCACCUAGAAAUAUCCAAAGAAGUGGGAGAAAAGACUGGAGAGGCGUGCUCACUCUGUUCCCUUGGAGGCAGUUUUGAGUACCAAGGAAAUCUCAUGAGAGCCUUUGACAAUUAUUACUCGAGUGUAGAAUUGUAUGAUGAUAUCAGGGCCAGUCUUCAACUCAACGAUCAGUGGAAGAUUUGUUAUCGUAAUCAGCACAAAGCAGCAUACAAAGGUUUGUGGCGUAUAAAUCUCAGUCGAGGUCAAGUUGUGAAGGCUCUUCUUGCUACAGAGAAAGGACGUGCUCAAGCUCUGAGAGAUCUCAUGGUCACAAAAUAUCAGCCUGGAGAUUCUUUAACGCCCAGCGCAUCCCGCAUUUCUCUGAGGUGGGUUCCAUUGAGCACAGUUUUCAUAGCCAUUAAUGGACCAUGCGUUUACUUCUGGGUUUGCCUCAGUGAAAAUAAUAUCCAGAUGAGGCAAGUACAUGUCAACAAUUAUAAGUUUGAGGAUGAAUUGGAAGUUUUCAUCCAGCACCUGAACAAAACUGCUCUUAAGGAAAUCGGUGCAAAAGGUACUAUUACAAUCGAAAAUCCUCCGCUUGACUCGCUGACAGAAGUGGGCAAUGAUGCGAUCCGAGUUAAUGUGAAGCACUCCCAAUCAAGUGCUUUAAAGAAGCUGCAUGACAUCAUCGUUACUCCUAUUGCUGACCUGAUCGAAGGCAACGACGAGAUCACAAUCGUUCCUGAGGGGCCAUUUAGCCUUGUACCUUAUGCAGCGCUGCAGGACUCCAACUCAUCAUAUCUAAGUGAUUCUUUCAGAAUUCGUGUGCUUCCCUCUCUGACGACCUUGCAACUAAUUCAUGAUUGUCCAGCUGACUUUCACACGAAGACUGGUGCAUUGCUAGUCGGCGACCCAUGUUUCAAACAUAUCAUCUAUGAGGGAGAACUUUUGGUGCAACUUCCAGGAGCAAGGAAAGAAGUGGAGAUGAUCGGACGUAUCCUCAAUGUUUCCCCUCUCACUGGAGAAAUGGCAACAAAAGAUGAAGUGUUAAAACGAAUAUCAUCAGUGGCGUUAGUUCACGUAGCAGCGCACGGUAAAAUGGAGACUGGAGAAGUUAUCCUGGCACCAAACACCACAAGAAAUAACCCUCAGCCGCAAGAGAGAGAUUAUCUACUUACGAUGGAAGAUGUCAUAGAAGCUGGGUUGCGAGCACGUCUGGUUGUACUUAGCUGCUGUUACACUGCUCGUGGGGAGGUCAUGGCCGAGGGUGUGGUCGGCAUGGCGCGUGCACUUUUGGGUGCCGGUACCAGAUCUGUUGUGGUAACCUUGUGGGCGAUUGGCGACGAGGGAACCCUGGAGUUCAUGAAUUUCUUCUACGAUGCACUUUCUGAAGGCAAGAAGGCCAGUGAAGCUCUCAAUCAGGCAAUGAAGUGUAUGAGAGAAAUUGAAAAUUUCAAGGAGGUUUGGCACUGGGCACCAUUUGUACUCAUUGGUGACGACGUCAACCUGGAUUUCGAGGAGAUUUAG